CCUCAAGCAGGCGCGCGAUGGGAGGAAGGCCCCCAUGCGUUCCGUUGGCCUCGUCGUAUGUAUCGUUUUGCGCCAAAAAGCAUGCCGACCCCAUCGCAGACGUAGAUCAAGUGUUCGAGAAUCAAUCCUUGGCACUGCAUGUUGACAACAUGGACCCGGAGGAGGUUCGCAUCAUGUUUGACUUUCUCUCGAAGUGUACGACCAUCGAGCAUGCUCAUGUCGAUGUGGGCAAAGUUCCGACGAAGCGAGCGUUUCGCCAAAAGUUGAUUCGCCUUGGCCUGGAUGAGCCGUACGCUAUGCUUCCACAAGGUUACCUCAAAAUUAUGAGAAGCAUCAGCGUCAUGGCCUCCAAGGCAACGGAGCUCGUGUCUCUUCAUCUAGCAGGCAUUCAAAUCCCUCUUGAAGUCGCUUCUGAUCUCGCCAGUGGACUCCACGCAUGUCGUGCCCUGCAGUCCAUUAGUUUCGAAGGCUCGAACUUGGGCGACAACGGAUUGGACAUUCUCGAAGAACAAUUGGCAAACCGCCCGAGCUUGUGCCACUUGGGCUUGGCACACUGCAAGCUCACGGACACCAGCGCGCGGCCCCUCGCCCGCAUUAUCAGGGCGCAAGCUGCUCGCCGUGAUGAAGUCUAUUGGAGCACAACCUUGCGCGGCCAAACCGUGCCGAAUCGAGGCGAAGGCUGUUUCCUGCUAAACUUGGAGUCGAAUGCGUUUGGCGAUGCCGCCACCGAUAUCUUGUGCCAUUCGUUGUACAACGACAAUUGGCUCUACGGGUUGAACCUGAAUGGAAAUACCGUCGGGCCCCGCGGCGUGCUCAACUUUGCCGACAUUUUGCAAACCAACACGACGCUGACGGUGCUUUUGCUGCAAAGCAACUCAAACACAGACGACCGAGUUGCAUCGUUUAUCAAUACGCUGCUACGGGAUCGACAAAAGGCUACGACGUCGAUGAAUCAUCCCAUGGAGCACAUGCUGCUCAAGGCAGUGCUCAAGUCGUGGGGGUGUCGCCGCCGCACGGCCGAGGACGAUCUACUGGCAAAACUGCUCAACAAACGCAAAAAGACUAGCGUUGUCAGCAAAGUUGACCAUCGCGGACCGAAUCUAGUGCGUCGGGCAAGACCCACCGCGCCGUUCGUUUCUACAUCUGUGUCUACCAAACUACGCCGACCGCCUUUGGCAACGUCCAGUGCCAGAACGACAUUACACAGCGUGAAAUCCAAAUCAGCGGGAAGGCCACAAAAGGCCGUGGCGAAGUCGAAGCCGACCGGCGGGGGGGCGAUUCCCUCGCUCGAGAAUCGCGGCAAUGUCUCCGACCCGUCGUUACGUCAAAAAGUUGAUGCGGCGGCGAGACCUGUUGAAGAUACAACGGCGCUAGACAUGCUCGUCGACCAACGGGUGUUCCGGUCCAACCAAGAACCAACCUCCAACCCUGCCAAGCGUCAGGACGAGCAAUUGCUCGUCAAGUUGAUGGAGCGCAUCUCGACGCUCGAAUCUGCCCAGGAAAAGGCACAAGAGCACAUUGACCGCGUCGAGGCAGAAAACGUGGCGCUCAAGCAGCGACUGCUCGCGGAGCCCAAGGGCGCGCAGCCGACGGCCGAGGCUGAAAUGAUUCAAGCUUUGGAGUCCGCGAUUGUUCAGCUCACGGCACAAGUCCACACCCUCGAGAAAACACGGAAGGCGUCACCCAAAGCAAAACGCAUCGUCGCCACUGAACCACUGACGGAUGCCAUGCUCGACGACCUGUCCGUCCAACUGAAGCGCAGUUUCGGCCUCGACGAGUAAACAAUCAUCGCCGUUGUACAAAGUAUGGAGAGAAACGUCAAUUAUCGUUCAAGCAGGACGUGCGAAAGUCCUCUUGCUGUGGACCAUACGUGCAGAGCAAGUUGCAACAGGUUUCGUUCAGACCG